GAAGAAGAAGAAGAAGUUACGGAAGUACGGCUUCCAAACAGAUUCCCGUUGGAAGAGUAAAAUACAGUAGAUCGCCUUUCCCCCCCCCAAUUAAAUCAAAUUAAAUCUUGGACUAACCACUUCUCAAUAAGACGAUGGGCACUAGAGAUGACGAAUAUGAUUAUUUGUUCAAAGUGGUCCUCAUUGGUGACUCGGGUGUGGGGAAGAGUAACCUGCUGUCCCGUUUCACCCGCAAUGAGUUCAACCUGGAGAGUAAGAGCACCAUCGGAGUGGAGUUUGCCACGCGCAGCAUCCAGGUGGACGGCAAGACUGUGAAGGCCCAGAUCUGGGAUACAGCUGGCCAGGAGCGCUACCGGGCCAUCACAUCAGCGUACUACCGCGGGGCGGUGGGGGCUCUCCUGGUCUACGACAUUGCCAAGCAUCUAACUUACGAGAACGUGGAGCGCUGGCUGAAGGAGCUGAGAGAUCACGCCGACAGCAACAUCGUCAUCAUGCUGGUGGGCAACAAGAGCGACCUGCGUCACCUCCGAGCUGUUCCCACCGACGAGGCUCGGGCUUUUGCUGAGAAGAAUGGUUUAUCUUUCCUGGAGACAUCGGCUCUGGACUCCACCAACGUUGAGACGGCCUUCCAGACCAUUCUGACAGAGAUCUACCGUAUCGUCUCCCAGAAGCAGAUGUCGGAGCGUCAGGAGAGUGACAUGUCCCCCAGCAACAACGUGGUCAACAUCCAGGUGCAGCCCACUGAGAACAAACCAAAGAUGCAGUGCUGUCAGAACAUCUAGCCCAGCCACGGAUCUGCUGCUACACCCCCACCCUCUCCCUCCCUCCCCUCCCCUCGCCUGCCCUCCCUCCCCCCCAGCUCACAACUCCUCCAAGCCCCGCCCCCUCAGAAAAUAGACUGCCUCAGUGUACUGUGUGGUGCGGGAGGGGCGAGCCACAGCUUCCAGGCUGUGACCCGAACCCUGCAACCUAUCUGUACCUGCCUCCCCACCCUAACCCCUCCUCCUCCUCCUCCUCCUCCAACCCCCACCCCCACCCCAGGUAAAUAUCCCCCAGUGUAAGAAGUCACCGCGUUGGGGUGACCCCCCCAAGCAGAGCCCCUCUGUCGCUAGGCGACGGCAGGAUAACAGACAGCAGGCAUUUCAUAUCACAUUUAGAUUUCAUUACUGUAGAUGCGCUGACAUGUCUUAAAAAUGUCUUAAUAUAUGAAUGUGAUUUGAUUUCUUCAAACUUUUGUGCUCCUGUUGAUUUCUCCACAUUUUUUUUUCCAUGAUCUUUCUCUGUCUUGUAUCAUAUCUAUAACUAGGUAUAAAUAAAUUUAAAGCACAUCAAAGUCGCUCUGAAGUGUAUUCCCAUAUACAAGCUUCUCCCCCCUCCCUCCUCUUUAGUGCAAUGUACUGUUUUUUUGUUUUCUUUUGGAAAACCAUGUGGACGUAUCGAGCACAGUGUAGCCACGCGUGCUCCGGUAGUGUCAUAACCAUUUGAUCUGAUUGCUGUGAAUAUGAUGCUAUUGAAACGGUUAUUUUUUUUAUUUUUUUUGCGUUAGCCGAGCUUCAGUUUUAGCGCAGCGGGACAGAGCGAGCGUGAGCUUGCAUGCGGCGCGUUGUCGCCACCACGUUUAAAAGAUGGCACUGUGCUGCGCUGCACGUUUUUAUCAGGCGAAAGACUCAAUCUGGACUCGUUUGUGUGGAACACUAUCGUUGCCCGGAGGGUGUGGAAAUUUGGGCUGUCGCCGUGGAAGCUGAACACGACUCCUGUACAUUCUGAGUUUCAUGUCGUCCUACUUUUAAGUCUCGGCGCGGCUCCAUACGGAGAUCGUCACGCUUACGCUAAAGGAUUUUCUGAUCGAAGACACGGAAUGCAUUCAUUUUUGACUCCAACUAUGCAGAAACUAGCACACGGCUGUUUGGAUGUUUUCUUUCUUAGUACACUUCUAUAGCAAAUGAAGGAAUAAAAAAAAAAAAGUAAAAAUAACUGCAGAAAUAUGAGUAACUGAUGUAGUAUUCUUAUGAUACUCAAUAUAAUCAAAAAAAUCUCCUGCUUUGCAUGUAACCACGGAACUGUAGCUAGGACGCACCUGAGAAAUGUCCUUCACCCUCGGGGGGGUUGGUUUCAUGAGCGUGAAGUUGUCACCAAUCUUGCACUGAACCUUAACGUUAAACAUCAUUUCUUGUCUAGGAUUAGAUUUUUACUGCACAUGGAGAAUCUGGACCUCGUUUUUUUUCUCUUUUGUCGGAUGUACCGCGUUUUUUUAAAGACGCUGCCACUUUUACGAAAACCAAAAUAUUAUGUUCAGUCACUGUAAAGUCUCAAAAGUCUUUCCUCGAAUCCUUGUUAAAGGACUGAAAAGUUUUGACGAAGGACACGAGGAAUCGAGGAAAACACUUUUCGGGGAGUUCAGCUCCAUUCUUGCCAACAUCUGAUCACAGUGCCUCCUUCGCCCGUCUCGUUCACCUGCUAACAACUCGCCCCCAUACCCACCUCCUCAACCAAUACCGUUGCUCCGUCUGUCCCCCACACCGUCACAUUAAGCCUACGUACACCAAGCUGCCUCUGACUUCAACACAAUGCAUGGCUUUCUGUUACGACUCCAGCUCCGUGUCGUAUCGCCUUAUGUAGCUAACAUUGUCAUUUAACCGUGCGCGAGAUCUGCUGAGGGUCAGGCUUGGCUAGCGGAGACGACAUGCUAACGAGCUAAGUGUUGUGUCCGGUGUGUGAGCGGACAGAUGCCUCGCUAAACAACCUACUUUACUAGAAACUCCCGAGUGUGUGUUCUGUUGAAUUUCCAGGUUAUAGCCAGUGUCAGUGUAUGGUGGUGUUAGCAGACGUAUACAAUGCCUGAACUUGGUGUGUGUGUGUGUGUGUGUUUUAGAGGCAGAGGGUAGAUGGGUAGCUCUGGAGUGUGUGUGUGAGCCUGGCUGGCAGCGCCAAUGGCGUUUCUUGGGAACAGACGGCGCCGCCAGCCGGGCCUCGCCAGACUCACUUAGCUGGCAAUCUGUGGACAAAGUGAUUUCUUUCUUCCGAAAAUAUGAUUUCCGAAUCCUGUUUCAUGUACCUCCAUUGUUCUGUUUUUUUGUUUUUUUUUAAAGAAUUGUGAUAUUGAUUUUCUUUUCAUUUUUUGUUUUUUUACUAUAUUGAAUUCUAUAACUUACUGUAAUUCCAGUGUAAACGUGUUAAGAGUGAAAUGUCAUUUCAAUGGAUUUGAAAGGUUGAAUGUGAGAGGGGGGUCAAAAUGAAUGGUUUUAUGUUUUGUACAGAUUGAUAAAUUGUACAAUUGUGUCUAUAUCUUAAGUUAUCAGUUCAUCUUAAUAAAGCGCACCAGUCAUAAACCUUUA